GUCCGCGCCGUAUGCAGCUCCUGCCACUCUAGCCAACCAUGGCACGACUGAGGAGGAAAGCGUGCAUAGCUCUGUUUCUUUUCACGCUGUUCAUCUUUGGGACCAUGAUGGGACUGAGGACCCUGAAGCCCAGUGACGGCUUCUCGGACUUGGCUCCGGGCUUGGAGCUCCUGCCGAUGAUCGGAGGAAAGAUGGACCGGCGCUCAGUGUCCAGUGAUGGGACCGCUUCCCCGGGUCAAGCCCGUCCGCCGGGCAGCAACGCCAAAGCCGUGUUGUCUAACACCGGCCCCGAGGGGACCAUAUUUUAUGAUGUUCAUAUUUUCUACUAUAUGUGGUACGGCAACCCACAUAUGGACGGUAAAUACAUUCACUGGGAUCACAUCCUAGUCCCGCACUGGGACCCUAAGAUCGCAUCCAGCUACCCGAGAGGGAAACACAUGCCGCCCGAGGAUAUCGGCUCCAGUUUCUACCCCGAACUCAAUCCGUACAGCUCUCGGGAUCCGGAUGUGUUGGAGUCCCACAUGGAGCAGAUCGGAGCAUCAGCAGCAGGUGUUCUGGUCCUGUCCUGGUAUCCUCCUGGAGUAGCUGAUGACAACGGGGAACCUGCUGAGGAUUUGGUACCAGCUGUACUGGAUGCAGCAUAUAGACACAACCUCAAGGUUGCAUUCCACAUCCAACCAUACAGAGGACGAAACGAUCAGAGCGUGCACGACAACAUCAAGUACAUCAUUGACAGGUAUGGCGACCAUGGAGCCUUCUACAAGUUCACUACCAGCACAGGGAAGAGUCUUCCUCUGUUUUACAUCUACGACUCCUACCUAACUCCACCCGAGUCCUGGUCUGAAUUUUUGACUCCCACCGGCUCCCACAGCGUGCGCGGGUCAGCUUACGACUCCGUCUUUAUAGCCCUGAUUGUGGAGGAGCGUCACAAACAUGACAUCCUGGCAGGCGGCUUCGAUGGCAUGUACACUUACUUUGCCUCCAACGGCUUCUCCUUUGGCUCUUCUCACCAGAACUGGAAAGCCAUCAAAGCUUUCUGCGAUGGGAACAACCUCCUUUUUAUCCCCAGCGUGGGGCCUGGUUAUAUUGACACCAGCAUUCGGCCAUGGAACAACCACAACACACGCAACAGGGUGAACGGACGUUACUACGAGACAGCCCUGCAGGCGGCACUCAACGUGCGCCCAGAGAUUGUCACCAUAACAUCUUUUAAUGAAUGGCACGAGGGGACGCAGAUAGAAAGGGCUGUGCCAAAAAAAACUGUGACGCGGGUUUACUUGGACUAUCAGCCACAUGGACCUGAUCACUACCUGGAGUUGACCCGCCGCUGGGCCGAGCAGUUCAAUAAAGAAAAGGAGCAGUGGCUCAUGUGAGCUUUCAUCAAACUGACUUGAAACGGCACGCCGUAGUGGAAGUGUGUGCACACAUGACAGAGGAGGCGAGAGAGCGAUUGAUUGAUAUAGCUUUGAGUGCAGAAGGACAUGCUGUUACCUUUUUUAAACAUUGCGGAUGCGAGAGGUCCUAUAGAUGUGUGUGCAAAUUCAAAGAUAGGACAUGAAGUGUAUCAAAAACCCAGACUUAAAAAUGCUCUGUGGGUCUGUCUCUAAUCUCUUCCCCUACACAAUUGGUAUGUUGAAAUGUCUGCCUGAUAAUUUAUUGUAUUUCUAAAUACAGUAAGCCCCCAACUCAUGCCCCUUUAUAUAGUGAAAUAAUAGAACUGAAGACACUGUAGUUUUCAUUUAUCCAUAACAUACAAUAUGACCCUUUACCCAGGUUCAGAGAGCUUUUUAAAAUGGUGAUCAUGUGGUGUUUUACAACUUGUCACUGUCACACAUCUCUAACAAACAUAUUCUUAUGAAAUAAACAAACAAAAAAGUAUUUUUUAUGAUUUUUGGAAAUCCUUUAAUAUUUGGAGCUUUUUGUUGUGAGCUUAAAAUCAGUAACGCGAAAGCUACAGGCAGGAAAGACGGCUUUGCAUAAAGAGAGAAAAAACUGAAACCCCCCCUCCUUGUUCUUUCUGAUCAUUUGUAAAGGUAAAUUUGAAACAUUAUAGCAUGUUAGCUCAACUUGUAAAAGCACAGAAAAUGACAGUUUCUCACAGCAGAUCACCUGCAUCCAUUUCACUCGAUCUCUAGCAUCUUCCUCACGCCAACCAUCUGCAUGUCCUCCUGCCUGAAAGCAUCUAUCUUCAGCAUCCUUUGUCCAGUGCAUCCACCAUCGCCUCUCUAACCUUGCCUCCAAAUUGAGAGUCACCCUGAUAUCCUCAUUUCUAAUUCUGUCCAUUCUUCUCAGUAAAACCUUUCAUUACUGCCACUGUCUCUAAACCAUAUAUCACAACAGGUCUCACUACCACCUCAAACUCUUUUACUCUUGCCAUCCUUCAGCAACAAACUAACCAACCAAGAAUACUAAUUUCUGAUCUACCCAAAUAAAAUCGGGUAAUUUCAACCGCUCCUUUAUUUCCUGAGGCCUCUGGCACAGAUUUUACCCUAGGUACUACUAUUAACACAACCCUCCCAUUCAUCAGCACAAGCUUGUGAGUCCCCGAGGCUGGGAUUGUGUCUCCUCCUAGUCUCAAGCUGGGGAUCUUUCCCAUAUAACGUGUCAAGUACUACACCACAGACCCACUAUCUACCCAAAUACAAUUGAAGAUUGAGUAAUUCCUAUAUGAAAAGACUUCACUGUAAGCAUAUGGGACCCUGUUUUUUUUUUUUCUCCACUGAAGCAAGAAGUCAGGACAUGAAAGGCUACGGCUCAAAGUGAUUGAACGCAUUAAUGAAUAUAAACCUGCCCACUGACUGGGGCACCCUGGGGCACACUCUGUAUGGACUUGAUUAAGAUUCUGAUAGCUUUUAAAAUGAAAGGUUUCGCAGAGACCGGCAUUUUUGAGAAUAAAAGUGGGUUCUCUGAAUGAUCCUAAGUUGAUUUCCCUGUCCAGGGUGCCAGUUUGUAAGUGGUUUCUGCUCCUUUUUAAACACUUAACAUUGCUCUAUUGAUUUCACCCUCCAUUAAGAAGCUGUUUUGAGUGAAAAUCCAGACACCAGUGGAUAAAGACAGAAAUAAAUCUCUGAUAGCUUCUUGUGCAUGGAUAAAACUGUGAGACUGGGAAAAAAAUAUAAUUUUAUUGUGGAUUUGCCAAUGUUGCACCAUCUGUUAAUCAAGGUCCAAUCAGACACUGAAGAUUUAAUCAUGUACUCCAGUUAUUAACAUUCAAAUGAGAGGAAUUUUACAAAUUAUAUCCAUGUGCCAACGAAACAACUCAAAUGUUCCAGUAUUAGUAGUCUACAAUGUAAAACAGGAUUUACUGUAAGUGUUGAUGCUAACAAUUGAAGUGCAAUCUUCACGCUGACAGGAAAAAAAUAAAUGACAGGAUUAAAAAACAAACAAACAAACAAAAAACCCACAAAAAACAGUUUACAUCCCCCUUAAAUAAAAAGUUGAUUUAUUUUAUCACACACAUUCAAUCAGACCAUUAAAUAAGUGCUUACUACAGCUCUGAUCAUGUUGCGAAAAGGCUGGCUCAAACCAUUCUUUCUCCCAUGACCACAUUACUUACUAUACAGCUGACCUAUUUCUGUAUAAA